ACAGGGAGGCAGGCGCACUCUCUUCCCAUCCACCCACUCGUAUUCACAGACCCGGAACUCACUCGCUCUCAUACUCUAACUCUUCGGUCGCAGAUUAGCAUCACUCUGCUCUCCUUCACAGCCUCCUUCCUCGAUCGAGUUCUGUGACUGUUCUCCUCUCCCUCUUCUCCUCUCCUCACUCCUCUUCACUCUUCACUACCCCCCUCUCCCUCCCCCCUCUCGAAGACAACUGUUGACCCAGUGUUCGUGAUUAAUCGUAUAAUAUUUUUUCCCCCUCCUUGGCUCGCCAUCUUGAAAGAAAAUAAUUGUGUGUCGCAUUCGGCGCGACUCGAACGUCUGAUGAAAUUCGUUGCUGAAGAAAAAUGAAGUGGAAAGCGGUUUAUUUUUGAAUUUUGAUUUGUUAAAUUGAAAAACAAAGACUGGUUCGCGCGCGUGUGUGCAUGGGCAUGUGUGCAUAUAUAUUUUUUUUAACGAUCAUUAGUAAAAGGUUAACGGGCCAGUGAUUGAACAUGCAAGUGAAGAGGAAAUAAAAAAUUGAUCCACGAGUGAACGCAAGCACGUGUAAGUGAUAAGACGUUCUUGCAGAGGAAGUGUAAGAAAAUAAUCGUAAGCAAGAUAAAAUAAAUAAACGAGAAUAGACAAUGGACGCAGGAAUCGGGAAAAAAUCCACAAUGAGAGAGUGAGAUGUGAUUAACGAUUUUAAAACUAUAAAAGUAUACACAGCGACUACCUAACAGAAUUUAUUAUCGCCGUAGUGUUAAUAUUAAAGGAGACGGUAUGGUAGAGCCUGCUGGAGCCAUGGCCAUGUUCGUGCUGCGGCUGGCGGGGCUGCUGUCCCUCGAGAACGCCCUCCAGAGCAAGGAAGCCAACCUUACCGACGCGGCCUUCAACGUGAGCGCGCUGCCGUUCGGGGAGGACUUGGCUCAGGCCAAUUUCACGUGGCCAGCGCCCUUGAACGACUCGGAGCUUGCGGGGCCUUCGAGUGCGGGCGUUUCGACCACACCGGUACCGACCACUGAAUCCUACAUUACCACUCACUCCACUGCCACUACGACUGCUGCUACCACCACGACUACCACUACGACUACCACUACGACAACCUCUGCCACCACAACUACGCCUGAAAGGUUCACAACCACCGAAUCUCCGAGGAGAGUUUUAUCGACACCUAACUUUGUCAGCGAGUCGUCAACCGAAAGAAAAAGUUGGGACGAGGAACAUGUGAUGAGCACGACAGCGCUCGCGAACGGCAGGGCGGCCCAUCCUCCCGCGAAUGAUGCGGAGGCGAAAACGGACGACCAAGGAGACCUGCGGGACGACAAGGGGGCCGGCCCUUUGGAUCAACUGCCGAGGGCGAGUCCUCUGUCGGACGUGCGACCCGAAGGGGAGUUAAAUGCCACUCAGCAACAUAAAGUGGAAGGCGAAGAGGGCGAAGAAGGGGGAAUCGAGGGAGGAGAGACUGAUGAUUCCUCCGAAGUGACUGCGGAUACAGGUGACGUCGGAGAGGACCCUCCAACCCUCACUCCUCCCCCCGCGAAGCCCGCACCCCCAUCGAGCUCGCCUGGGAAGGGCGCUCCUCACCUCGAGGCGCUUGCGGAGGACGAUGCUCUCCUGGGCAUCAUAGACCCCAACGAAUUCGCAAGCCUCGAGGCCCCGCCCGAGGACUUCAUACCCAGCGACUUCGAGUACUACGACUUCGGGCCGCAGAACCCGGACGCGAUAGUGAAGCCGACCCUGUCGUCCAUGAACCUCGUGAGCCCUGUGCCCGUGGGAGGGGGAGGCCCGAGACCGAACCCCGCCCUCGAGUGGGACGACCUCGACACGGACAGAGACCUGCCCCUCAGGUCAAAGGUUUCCCCGCCGCGACCUGUGCCCCCGAUCUAUCCUCGCAACCACGAGGGGCGAAACAACCCUUAUCCUUACGGCCCUCGGCUCCUCCCAGGGCCCUACGCCCCCCUCACCCCGAACGUCCCCCGGGUCAUCGACGCCCCCGAUGAGGACCUCUACCACCGGUCCAUGGAGUACGAGUACGAGGAGUUCGAGUACUACUACGAUUCCGACGAGGAGUCGAAGUACGAGGUGCAGACGAAGGAGCCGCCGGUGCUCUUCGUGUUCGACAAGCCCGGCUACUCCCCCGAGGCGCCCACCACCGUCCUGCCGCCUUCCUUCCCCCCUGAGGGUAGUCCAUCACACGCUGAGCUCAUGGAGGUCGUCCAAACAAACGACCACCACUCGGAGGCCACCCAGCACACCCACGCCCUCCACACCUUGCCAAAGACACUCGCUUCCGAUAACCCUUCACAAUUUACAACCAAUCCCACCUACACGAUUUCACACCAAACGCAGCCUACGAAACCAUUCCUCAGAACAACCAAACAACCGCAACUUUCGCUUUAUCAACCAGGUUUCCGAGGAGAGAGGUGUCGCUCCCGUGAGACGCCUUGGAUCAGAAGGUAUAAUCUCGGGCCUCGUGAUGACCUGGUUGUUCGACUGACGCAACCUUGGGACAUCCUGUGUUUUGGCCGUGAGAGGCAGCUAAGAAUGGAAGUCCUGGUGGACGAGUUGGAGCCGAAGACAGUGUUCGUGCACAACUUCGAAGCCAACGUGUGGGACGUGACUGAGCAAUUCCUGGAGGAGAAAGUGAAGACUCUGAUGGCCCAGCUAAGGCACAACGGAGAGGCUUUUCUCGAUCGCUACUACUACCUCGCCUCCUACAGCAGGCCAGAGUUGUAUCAGCCUGUUUAUUACGAGAUCUGGGUCUACGCCACCAACUUCCGCGACCCUCAGACCACUAUGAAGACCAUGAGCAGACGCAGGUCAUCGCAGGUCAACAAAAUCACACAGAAGACCCUUAGCAAGCUGUGCAGAGGGGUCGAGUGUCCUAACUUCGAGGUGUUGAGGACCUACAAGUACGGCAUCCAGAAGAGGCGCUACUUCGACGGUCUCUUCGCCUCGACCACGGCAGGAGAGUGCGAGUUCACCACCAUGAGCGUCUGGAAGGGCUUCAUGCCGCUCCAUCUCUAUAAACACGGCAUCAACUCCCACAUGGAAGUGAUCGAGGCGACGCGGCCCAUAGCGCUUGUGCACGUGAGGGACUCGGGAGAACCGAUGACCGAGUGCCCCCAGAACAUGACCAUGUCCCUCUACCUCCCCAAGAGACUUCAUUCAAAUCCCCCGAUCACUGGAUACGCGGCCCCAAACGUGCGGAUCACAGCCCUCAAUGAUGUGAUCGUCUACGCGUAUACUGUGGGCGGCUACCUGCUUGAUCCGCUACGUGUCCGCAGAGAGCUCGCAGAUAUGAAAUACAGGCUCUCGGAGUUCGGCGAGUGUUACAAGGACGACGAAUACUACGUGGUCAUUUACGAUUUCAUCGUGCGAUACCACGGGAGACAGAACGAGAUCUGGAUCGUCGCCGAGAACUGCCGGGCGACGCACAACGGCUGAGCGAGAGAAGCGAAGGAGGACGCAGGUCAGGAACAGCGCAUCAUAAGGGGGAGUUGUUGUUUAGCAGCUUCUUUAAAACUUUAUACGUGUAAUUGUUCUCCGAGACUUUGUAAUAGUUGCACGUGUGAGUUUGGGUUUAUAAAAUCGUUUUUUUUUUUCCAUUUUGUCAGCCCUUCUUUAAGCAGUUAUACUUGUAAAACACCAUAAUUCCAGUAUUCCCGAAAUCAAUAUUAUUAUGUCCUGCAGGGAUCGUGUAUAUAACGCGACGCUUACACUGUAUUUUUACAUAUGUUAUAACAAUGUGAUCUAAAACAACAGUGCAGCUUCCGAGGUAAUUCAUGGUCAGUUUAAGUCUUUUUUUAGUUGAUGAAAUAAGAGUUAAUCCGCAAAUAUUCUUCUAAUUUUGAAUAAUUGUAUCGGCGCUCUAUCUUUCCUCUGUACACAUCGAUAUAUAAGCGUACUUAUACAUAGACACGUGUAAAAAACAGUCAGGUAAUUAGUAGGUCAGUGUUUAACAUCGUCCACGACAGAAACAGAAAUAUAUGUUAAUUGUUUGCCUCUGAGACUGGUAUGAAGUUAGGUUUACGUCUAAAAUGUAAAAGAUAAAAAUAAUCCUUAGCGUAUUCACCUUAUCAGUAUUAAGCUUACUUAUUAUGAGUAUUUAUAGACUAGUACCUAAUACUAUACUCACCCUUUUUAUAUACAGAGAGACUGCGCGUUUUUCUGUUAACAAAGAUUACGUUUGUUCCAAGUACUAAGCCUUGUCUUUGUGAAGUCAAGUUCCUCGGACAAGUUGCUGUUUUUGAGAUUCACUAAUACGCUUGUUUAGGUUUACGUUUUGUUUUCAUUUCUUUAAGUCAAUAAUUUAUAUACCCGCCUGUAUUAAUUACAUAUGUAGUUUGUUACUAGAUUCUUUUAUACUGCAUAGAUAUUUGACGUAUUGCCUUUUUUUUAUAUAUUUGUUUAUUCAUUUGAAGGGAACAGUAAAAUGUAUCCUUUAUAUGUUCGAGGAUAAAAUGAUAAUGUAUUUAUAACACACAGGAAUCUGUUACGACAUUUAUCAUAUAUUAUGGUAUUUAUCGUUAAUUAUGAUCACACUACCAUGUGUAAUAACAAAACAGUUUAAAAGUUCUAAUCUGUAAGUUAUUAUCAUAUUGUAAUGAAAUCCAAAUUGGGUCAAAUAAAAAUAAGAAUCCUU